AUACAGAAGGGAGGAUGGGAAGGAACCUUAAAGUGAAAGUGUUCAGUUGGAUCAGACUCCAUUUUGAGUGGACAGAGCAGGAGGAGGAGAACUGAAGGCUGAGGCAGGACUGACUUCAGAUCAGAAGAUGAGUGACUGUGUGGAGGAAGAGGAGGACAGAGCAGAGUCUCCAAUGUCCAGCUGUCUGUCUAUGAAGAGAGACCAGUCAGAAGAUCUUCCUCUAACAUUCAGUAAUGAACCUGGACCCUCAGACACACAAGAGAGGAAGAGGAGUUAUGUUCCUGUGGAGGAGCAGCCGUCCUUCUGUUCUUUGUGUCAGGACGUCCUGAAGGAUCCAGUCUCUACCAGCUGUAGACACUGGUUCUGCAGACAGUGCAUCACCUCAUACUGGGACCAGUCUGGUUCAUCAGGAGACUCCUCCUGUCCCCAGUGUGGAGGAAGUUUCAGAACAAAGCACAAAGUACAAGCAGAUAGUGGUCUGAAGGAGGUUUUAGAUGAACAUAAGAUCAGUCUGAAGACGAGAUGUAAACAUGUGACUGAAGGACCUGAUGAAACAGGAAGUGGAACCCUCCUCAACAGGAUCUACACUGAGCUCUACAUCACAGAGGGACAGAGUGAAGAGGUUAAUACCCAACAUGAGGUGAGGCAGCUUGAGACAGCUUCCAAGAAGGAGACCCUCCAUGACACUCUAAUCAAGUGCCACGAGAUCUUUAAAGCCUUACCUGACCAACAGAGACACAUCAGAGUGGUUCUGACGAACGGUGUCGCUGGUGUUGGAAAAACCUUCUCAGUGCAGAAGUUCACUCUGGACUGGGCAGAGGGCUUGGAAAACCAAGAUGUCAGUCUGGUGGUUCUGCUUUCAUUCAGGGAGCUGAACCUGAUCAAAGAUGAGCAGUACAGUAUUCUCAGGCUGCUCCAUGUUUUCCAUCCAACAUUACAGAAGGUCACAGCAGAGCAGCUCGCUGUCUGUAAACUUUUGUUCAUCUUUGACGGCCUGGAUGAAAGCAGAUUUUCACUGGAUUUCCACAACAAUGAGGUUGUGUCUGACGUCACACAGAAGUCUUCAGUCAACGUGCUGUUGACAAACCUCAUCAAGGGGAAUCUGCUUCCCUCGGCUCUCGUCUGGAUAACUUCCAGACCUGCAGCAGCCAAUCAGAUCCCUCAUGAAUGUGUUGACAGGGUAACAGAAGUACGAGGCUUCACUGACACCCAGAAGGAGGAGUACUUCAGGAGGAGAGUCAGUGAUGAAGAUCUGUCCAACAGGAUCAUCUCACACAUCAAGACCUCCAGGAGCCUCCACAUCAUGUGUCUAAUCCCAGUCUUCUGCUGGAUCACUGCUACAGUUCUGGACCACAUAUUGACUACAGACCAGAGAGGAGAGCUGCCCAAGACCCUGACUGACCUGUACUCACACUUCCUGCUGGUUCAGACAAAGAGGAAGAAGCAGAAGCAUGAAGAGGGACAUGGGAAUAGUCCACAGGAGCUGAUGGAGGCUGACAGGGAAGUUCUUCUGAAGCUGGGGAGGCUGGCAUUUGAACAGCUGCAGAAAGGAAACAUCAUGUUCUACCAAGAAGACCUGGAGCAGUGUGGUCUUGAUGUCACAGAGGCCUUGGUGUACUCAGGAGUUUGUACAGAGAUCUUCAAAAGAGAGAGUGUGAUCUUCCAGAAAACAGUCUACUGCUUUGUUCAUCUGAGCAUUCAGGAGUUUCUGGCUGCAGUCUACAUGUUCCACUGUUACACCAACAGGAACACAAAGGUACUGGAGGACUUCCUAAAAGGUUGGGAUAAUGAUGAUGAUGAUGAGGAUGAUGAUAAUUAUUAUUACUAUUAUGAUGUUGAUGAUGACAGAGACAAUGACCCAUCCCUAGAUUACUUCCUGUAUAAAGCCAUGAUGAAAUCCCUUAAAAGUAAAAAUGGCCACCUGGACCUGUUUGUUCGCUUCCUUCAUGGCCUCUCUCUGGAGUCCAACCAGAGACUCUUAGGAGGCCUGCUGGGUCAGACAGACAACAGUCCAGAAAUCAAACAGAGAGUCAUCAACAACCUGAAGGAGAUGAACAGAGAUGAUAUCUCUCCUGACAGAAGCAUCAACAUCUUCCACUGUCUGAUGGAGAUGAACGACCACUCAGUCCAUCAGGAGAUUCAAGAGUUCCUGAAGUCAGAGAACAGAUCAGAGAAGAAACUCUCUGAGAUCCACUGCUCAGCUCUGGCCUACAUGCUGCAGAUGUCAGAGGAGGUUCUGGAUGAGUUGGACCUGAAGAAGUACAACACAUCAUGGGAGGGACGACUGAGACUGAUUCCAGCUGUGAGGAACUGCAGAAAGGCUGUACUUUCUGGCUGUCGACUCUCAGACACUCACUAUGAAGUUGUGGCCUCAGCACUGAAGUCCAACCCCUCCCAUCUGAGAGAGCUGGACCUGAGUAAGAACAAGCUGCAGGAUUCAGGUGUGAAGCUGUUGUGUGCUGGACUGGAGAGUCCAAACUGUAGACUGGAGACUCUGAGUUUGUGGGACUGCAGGUUGUCAGAGAUCAGCUGUGAUUAUCUGGUCUCAGCUCUGAAGUCCAACCCCUCCCAUCUGAGAUAUCUAUGGCUGAGUAUCAACAUCCUGCAGGAUUCAGGAGUGAAGCUGCUGUGUGGUUUUCUGGAGAGUCCACACUGUAGACUGGAGACUCUGAGAUUUAGUUGCUGCGGUUUGUCAGAGAUCAGCUGUGAUUAUCUGGUCUCAGCUCUGAAGUCCAACCCCUCCCAUCUGAGAGAGCUGAACCUGAGUAACAACAAGCUGCAGGAUUCAGGAGUGAAGCUGCUGUGUGGUUUUCUGGAGAGUCCACACUGUAGACUGGAGACUCUGAGACUGAGUGACUGCAGUUUGUCAGAGAUCAGCUGUGAUUAUCUGGUCUCAGCUCUGAAGUCCAACCCCUCCCAUCUGAGAGAGCUGGACCUGAGUAACAACAACAAGCUGCAGGAUUCAGGAGUGAAGCUGCUGUGUGGUUUUCUGGAGAGUCCACACUGUAGACUGGAGACUCUGAGAUUGGGGGGCUGCAGGUUGUCAGAGAUCAGUUGUGAUUAUCUGGUCUCAGCUCUGAAGUCCAACCCCUCCCAUCUGAGAGAGCUGGACCUGAGUUACAACAAUCUGCAGGAUUCAGGAGUGAAGCUGCUGUGUGGUUUUCUGGAGAGUCCACACUGUAGACUGGAGACUCUGAGAUUGAUUAACUGCAGGUUGUCAGAGAUCAGCUGUGAUUAUCUGGUCUCAGCUCUGAAGUCCAACCCCUCCCAUCUGAGAGAACUGGACCUGAGUACCAACGAGCUGCAGGAUUCAGGAGUGAAGCUGCUGUGUGGUUUUCUGGAGAGUCCACACUGUAGACUGGAGACUCUGAGAUUGAGUGACUGCAGUUUGUCAGAGAUCAGCUGUGAUUAUCUGGUCUCAGCUCUGAAGUCCAACCCCUCCCAUCUGAGAGAGCUGGAACUGGGUCACAACGAGCUGCAGGAUUCAGGAGUGAAGCUGCUGUGUGGUUUUCUGGAGAGUCCACACUGCAGACUGGAGACUCUGAGAUUGAGUCACUGCUGGUUGUCAGAGAUCAGCUGUUCUUCUCUGGUCUCAGCUCUGAAGUCCAACCCCUCCCAUCUGAGAGAGCUGAGGCUGAGUAACAACAAGCUGCAGGAUUCAGGAAUGAAGCUGCUGUGUGGUUUUCUGGAGAGUCCACACUCUAGACUGGAGACUCUGAGAUUGAGUCGCUGCAGUUUGUCAGCGAUCAGCUGUGAUCAUCUGGGCUCAGCUCUGAAGUCCAACCCCUCCCAUCUGAGAGAGCUGGAGCUGAGUUACAACAACCUGCAGGACUCAGUAGUGAAGCUGCUGUGUGUUUUUCUGGAGAGUCCACACUGUAGACUGGAGACUCUGAGAUUAAGGCUCUGCUGGUUGUCAGAGAUCAGCUGUGAUUAUCUGGUCUCAGCUCUGAAGUCCAACCCCUCCCAUCUGAGAGAGCUGGACCUGAGUUACAACAAGCUGCAGGAUUCAGGAGUGAAGCUGCUGUGUGGUUUUCUGGAGAGUCCACACUGUAGACUGGAGACUCUGAGAUUGAGUUGCUGCAGGUUGUCAAAGAUCAGCUGUGAUUAUCUGGUCUCAGCUCUGAAGUCCAACCCCUCCCAUCUGAGAGAACUGGAACUGAGUCACAACAACAGCCUGCAGGAUUCAGGAGUGAAGCUGCUGUGUGGUUUUCUGGAGAGUCCACACUGUAGACUGGAGACUCUGAGAUUAAGUUGGUGCAGUUUGUCAGAGAUCAGCUGUGAUUAUCUGGUCUCAGCUCUGAAGUCCAACCCCUCCCAUCUGAGAGAGCUGAGGCUGAGUAACAACAACCUGCAGGAUUCAGGAGUGAAGCUGCUGUGUGGUUUUCUGGAGAGUCCACACUGUAGACUGGAGACUCUGAGUUUGUGGUACUGCAGUUUAUCAGAGAUCAGCUGUGAUUAUCUGGUCUCAGCUCUGAAGUCCAACCCCUCCCAUCUGAGAGAACUGGAACUGAGUGAAAACGAGCUGCAGGAUUCAGGAGUGAAGCUGCUGUCUGAUCUGGUGGACAGUCCACACUGCAGACUGGAGACUCUGAGGGUGGACGACAGAGAAUACAGGGCUACACCUCAUAAACAUGAAGGAUAUCCGUCCACAUCAAGCACAGUCCUGGAUGUGUCUGAGGACAGCAGAGAGGAGAGUGUGGAUGAAGAGGAUCAGCUGUGUCCUGAUGAUCCAGAGACACUGAAGCAGCAGCAGCUUGUGUGUGGAGAGGCUCUGAAUACAAAUGACAAGUUAAGUUUCAGACCGGAACUGCUGACUGAGUCUGGAAAGACUUCAUACAGGUUCAAGUGUCCUGGUCCAGGUGUGUUCCAGUGUACUUUGACUGGGCUGGUGUUUGAUGUGGUUCAGGAGGUGGAGCUGCUGUACAGGACUAUCCAGUGGGAUGAGAGCCUCCUCCAGUCAGCUGGAAAGACACCUGCAGGAAUGUUGUUCGAUAUCAAGUGUUCAGAGGAUGCUGCUCUCUGUCAGCUCCACCUCCCACACUGUGAAAAAAAGGAUGCGUUGCUCUUUGAUGGUCUGUUGUCUGUCGUCCACAUCACUGAUGAUGGAAUGAGCAUCCUGGAGCCGCUGCAGAUUACAAACACUCACGUGGUUGUGAAGGUUCCUCACCUCUCUGCCUUUGGCCUGGUCUGGGAUCUCGUUAGAAGGUUUAUGGAAAUCUUGGUGCCAAUAACUGGCCAAAUUCUGCUGUACCUCCGACCUCCAGACAUAGGGUACCCAAUACUCGAUGUAUUUCUGCUGCCAGACAACAUCCCUCUGGAUGAGGUUUCCACUCAACAAAAAGGUGCUCAAAACAUCAAGAUCUCUUCAGACUGUGAUCUCAGCGUUGGUAAAAGUUACAGUGUCCACUGUGAACCUGAGGGCUUUACAAUACAGCCUGAGCAAAAAAACUUUCGGUCAAAGUACGGACCAAAUUUCCAUCCAACAUUUGAAGUUUUCCUGACUACGAACCCAGAGAGAGUGACUUUGAUGGUCCAGGAUCAAGAGAGCAGAGAAGUCUGGAAACGCAUUGUGGCUCUGAAAGGUCCACAGAGGAAUGUCCCAACAGUGGACAGGGUUCCAACAGAGGACAGGGUCCCAACAGAGGACAGGGUCCCAGCAGAGGACAGAGUCCCAGCACAGGACAGGCUGCUCUCAGUUCGGACACAGUUUAUAAGCGGUGCGUCUGACCCUGUUCUGAACCAGCUUCUGGAUAAACUCCUUGAGCGUCGCAUUAUAAAUGAUGAGGAAAUGCAGUCAGCUACAACAAAAGUCAAAGCAGAAAAAGCUCGAUACUUGAUUGACACGGUGCGAAACAAGGGACAUGAAGCCAGCUCAGUCCUGAUUGCUGCUCUCUGUGAGGUGGAUCCAUGCCUUUCCAGAGAGCUGAACUUCAACUGAAACAAAAGCAAGAAAUUGUGUGAUGAUGAAUCUCAUUAACAGCUCGCUGGUUUAGUCUCACAUUACUGAUUGUAAUCUUUACAUUAACAUGUUGUUGUGUUUUGUUUUGUGAGUUAUUCACUCAAUUGAAAAAGUCCAAAAGGGAGGAGAAAACAGGUCAGAAGGUCAGACUGUUGUUCUUAGUUUCAGCCACUAGAUGGAGGCAGACCUUACGGGUGGACAAAGAAGCUGCAGCCGCAGCAUCAGGCAGAAAUAGAAAUCAGAUUAAACAUGAUACUUAAAGAAAUAUUGGAACAAUCUGAUGUAAUGGUUACUUUAGAAAAAUAAUUAGAGGAUCAAAUAUGCUCAACACAGAAUGAUGUUUUUUAGCUACAGGACCAUUGGGUUCUGGACCAUAUUUUCACAGUUUUCCUUUAACAUGUUCUUCUUUGGGUGAACAAAGAGGGUGAACAUGGACAUAAACCUGCAGGGGAGUCUGGAGAACAAACCACACUGACUGGAGGUUUCCUGUUAUUGACGCUGAAUGUUUCAAUUCACUUUAAAGUAUUGAAAUAAUUCAUUUUGAUUGGUUUUGUGUUAUUCUUUAAUUUACAGUAAUUAUUUCUCAGUGGACCUAAAUAACAAGCUGGGUGGAUUGAUGAUGAUUGAAGCUAAUGUUAUUUAAAGAUUACAUUGAUUUUAUCCCUCCUCGCUACGGCUGACUGGUGAGGACAGUAAUGUCAGGGAAGGUAAAUGGACUGGGGUCAUGUGGAAAGCUGAAGUUGUUAAUGAAUUAAUGUUAAUAACAUUAGCCUAACUGGUGCUGGCUAUGUUUGCAAACAUUAUAAAUACGAAUAUAUACGAAUGUUAUAAAAUGUAUAUUUAAAGAAGAUACAUUAUACAUUAUGUUAUCAUUAAUCACCUCAAUGGAAGAAGUUGUACAAAGAAACAGUUUUUACUCACUUUAGUCUUUAAAAUUAUGAAAUAAAACUAAAUCUGUACAGUAUUGGACUAUGUGAAAAUACAAAUAACUGUCAAAGGAAGAAAAUAAAAACUUUGGGUUUGA